AUGGAACAAACUUUCGGCGUGGGCGAUCUAGCUCACAUGGACCGUACGCGUAACCCAUCUGUGGUCUUCCGCUCGCUGUCGUGGCACGAUUCCACGGAUUUCAUCUCAAACGACACAUAUGCUGCACCCAGCCAGGCACUACCCCAAGGCUGGCAUCCAAACGAGGGAUGGCCCUGGAGUGAGGCGCACAACUACGAUCAAAGCGGCCUUCUCACCCCACUGACGCCCUCUCCCUGGUCGCCAAGUCAGGAAGUGGACACCGGUCAGGAUGUGCAGAGCGCCGGUUCGAAGGGAGAGAAGAUCGCAGCCAUCCACGAAGCACAGAAAACAAAGCGAAGAGACCAGAAUCGCACCGCACAACGAGCAUAUCGUCUCCGAAGAGAGACCACCCUGAAGAACCUCGAAACCCAAGUCAAAUCCCUCGAAGCCAAAGCGAAGAUCCUGACGGCUGAGAACCAGCGAUUACAACACCUCUUGAUGAUGAGAAGUUCGAGACCGGAGCACUUGCCUCCCCAGCCCUCCUCUCCUGAAGUUGAAAAGCGCAGCUUUCGCAGUACGUCACCGCCUACUGUUAUUACCAAUGGGUGCACGUUGUCGUCGAUACAGGAGGACUCGGAGGGCUAUACGCUUGUGUUGAGGAUUGAUGGACGAGUGGAUUGUUGUCCUGGAGCGGCGCCGACGUACAUGGGGAUAGUGGGUGGAUCUAUCUGA